UGUGAGCAGUGAGCAUACGCCCAUGUUGAGUUAUGGGUGGUAAUAGUGAGACGAGGUGAGAUAAUGACCUGCCCCAUUUAACAAACUUACUGCCCAAGUCUCAAGUAACUGCUGUUUCCCUCUAUCCCUGUUUCUUACAGCACCAGCGUAACCGCUCUUUACCUCUAUCCCCUCUUUCUUACAGCACCCAAACACCAAUUAAACCGUUCUCUUCUCUUUUAACUGUAAACAUUUACACAAGUAAAAACGACGUACCCUUUCUUGAAAUUCAAGGAAAUAUGGACAACCAAAACACCUAUUGCACUACUAUUUCCGAUUUUAUUCAACCCCUCGUUCUACAGAGUCAUGUAAUUGGCGAUCAUCAUCCUCUGGAUCAAACCCAUGAAGAAGAAGCAUCAAGAAGAUUCACAAUGUUUGACACAAAUGUCAGGUACAAACCUCAAAAUCCCAGAAAGAAAAGAAGUAAAUUGUUAAGAAUUAAUGAUAACUCCUUUAGAAUCAGUAGUACUAAUAAUCCUAGUACUUCAGGGGUUGUUAGUGAAACUGUUAUUACUAAGCCUAAAUGUGCCAAGAAACCACCAUACCCUAAUGCCCCCAAAAUUACUAGGCCUUGUACUGAAUGUGGCAAGAAAUUUUGGUCGUGGAAAGCCCUUUUUGGUCACAUGCGCUGUCACCCUGAACGCCAAUGGCGUGGUAUUAACCCUCCUCCCAAUUUAAAACGGCCAAUUCAUUCUUCAUUUCCCCAACAAUCCCCCAAUUAUUCCCUUUUACUAACAGACGAGGAUCAUGAAAUUGCUGAGUGCUUAUUACUAUUGUCUAAUGGACAGCCUCGUACUCCUUGUACUGGUAAUAGUCCUAAUGUUUUGUUGGAAAAUGACAACGUUGUUUGGGACGUUGAUCACAUGGUUAUAGAUGGAGGGGUUGGAGAAAAGGGUGUAAUUGAAUCAGGUACACUUUCUUCAGGAAUGAAUAAUUGUUGUAAAUUAGAGUGCACAAGUUGCAAGAAGGUAUUUGGUUCUCGCCAGGCAUUAGGGGGACAUAGGGCAACUCACAAGAAUGUCAAGGGUUGUUUUGCAAAUACAACAAAUUAUGGGGAAUGUAGCCAGCAAUUAGAAGAGGGCAAUAUGGGAAUUAUGUGGCCCAUAGAAAAAGGGAGAGGCAGUGAUAGUGAAGAUACAAUUAGCAAUGAUAACAAGAGGUUGAUGGUAUUGGGACAUAAGUGUAGUAUAUGUUUGAGAGGUUUCACAAGUGGACAAGCUUUAGGAGGACACAAAAGGUGUCAUUUGGAAAAACUCGGGGACGAAAUAACAGCAACAACAACAACAACGAUAUCAGCAGCAGAAUCAGACUUAACACGAGCUGUCAUUGUCAAUCCAAAGGUGCAGGGAAAUAAUGUCGCUAAUUUGGAUCUCAAUUUUCCUCCUGUUACAACCUCAGGAGAUGAUCAAGAUGAUUCUUCAGCUUCUUAUUCAUGUAUUUCAGGAUUGGAAUUGGACUUGAGGUUGGGGCUUUAGUAGGAAUUUGUAAUGAAGAAAUGUACAAAGGUUCUUGUGUUGUGUACUGAUAUUAGUGUUACCUAUAUUGGCUAGGAAUAUAUAUUAGCUCUAAGGUUUCUAUGAUAUUAGUGAUGUAUAUGAAGUAGUUGGACUAACUUUUGAAGGUUUUAUUCCUUCUAAUGGCUCCAAAUUUUAGGAGUUAUAAUUUCUGUUGUGAUUUGGGGCUCCUUAAUGACACUGAUAUAUGUAAUUGUA